UACCCAAUUCGGAGGCAAUAGUAGAACAGUGACCUGAGACUUUUUGGAGGGCAAUCUGCCUAGGGCUAUAGACAGCCCUCCAUCACGCACACUGCUCCAGCACCAUGUCAGGAAACUACACCCCCUCUGCUGGGGGUCCCUUCUCAGCUCUAACCCCCAGCAUCUGGCCACAGGAGAUCCUGGCAAAAUACACCCAGAAAGAAGAGUUGGUGGAGCAGCCAGAAUUCCGGUAUGAUGAAUUUGGCUUCCGAGUGGAUAAGGAAGACGGUGCUGAGCCGAACUCCAGCAAGCUGCUAGGGAUUCCGCUGACAGAGGAGCCACAGCAGAGGCUGAAAUGGCAGGCCCACCUGGAAUUCACGCACAACCAUGACGUGGGAGACCUCACCUGGGACAAAAUUGAGGUCACACUGCCGCGUUCGGAAAAGCUGCGCUCACUGGUGCUGGCUGGCAUCCCACACAGCAUGAGGCCUCAGCUGUGGAUGCGUCUCUCUGGGGCCCUGCAAAAGAAGAGGAAUUCGGAAAUGUCCUACCGAGACAUUGUGAAAAACAGCUCUAAUGACGAAACAAUCUCUUCCAAACAGAUCGAGAAAGACCUGCUCCGCACCAUGCCCAGCAAUGCCUGCUUCUCCAACAUGAACAGCAUCGGGGUACCACGCCUGCGCAGGAUACUCAGAGGAUUAGCCUGGCUUUACCCAGAGAUUGGAUACUGCCAAGGCACCGGCAUGGUCGCGGCUUCCCUGCUGCUCUUCUUGGAGGAGGAAGAUGCCUUCUGGAUGAUGUGUGCCAUCAUCGAGGACCUGGUGCCUGCCUCCUACUUCAGCACCACACUGAUGGGAGUGCAGACUGACCAGCGUGUCCUACGCCACCUUAUCGUGCAGUACCUGCCACAGUUGGACAAGCUCCUCCAAGAGCAUGACAUUGAACUGUCCCUGAUCACCCUGCACUGGUUCCUCACAUGUUUUGCUAGCGUCGUGCACAUCAAGCUGCUGCUGCGCAUCUGGGACCUCUUCUUCUAUCAGGGUUCGCUGGUGCUCUUCCAGGUCACGCUGGGCAUGCUCAGUAUGAAGGAAGAUGAGCUAAUCCAGUCAGAGAACUCUGCCUCCAUCUUCAACACUCUCUCGGACAUCCCGUCUCAGAUUGAGGAUGCAGAGGUGCUGCUGCGAGAGGCUAUGCGCAUUGCUGGCUCACUGACAGAUAUGGCGGUGGAGACCCAGCGCCGUAAGCACCUGGCUUACCUCAUUGCUGACCAAGGGCAGCUGCUCAACUCCAGUACUGCGGUCAAUAAUCUAUCCAAGAUUGUGCGGCGCAGGACACAGCGCAGGAAAUCUGGCAUCACCUCGCUGCUUUUCGGUGAGGAUGAUUUAGAGGCACUGAAGGCAAAGAACAUCAAGCAGACAGAACUGGUAGCUGACCUUCGUGAGGCGAUUCUGCAGGUGGCACGGCACUUCCAGUGCGUGGAUCCAAAGAACUGCAGCAUUGACUUGACUCCAGAUUACACCAUGGAGAGCCACCAGCGGGACCAUGAAAACUACGUGGCAUGUUCCCAGAACCGCCGGCGCCGAGCCAAAGCGCUGCUGGACUUUGAGCGCCAUGACGACGAUGAGUUGGGCUUCCGCAAGAAUGACAUCAUCACAAUCAUAUCCCAGAAGGAUGAGCACUGUUGGGUGGGGGAGCUGAAUGGACUGAGGGGUUGGUUUCCUGCAAAAUUUGUGGAGGUCUUGGAUGAGCGGAGUAAAGAGUACUCGAUUGCUGGCGAUGACUCGGUCACAGAGGGGGUGAUGGAUUUGGUUCGAGGAACACUCUGUCCAGCGCUGAAGUCCAUAUUUGAGCAUGGGUUAAAGAAGCCAUCCCUGCUGGGGGGACCCUGCCACCCCUGGCUGUUUAUCGAAGAGGCCGCCGGACGGGAGGUGGAACGAGACUUCGACUCAGUGUACUCCCGCCUUGUACUCUGUAAGACUUAUAGGCUGGAUGAAGAUGGAAAAGUUCUGACUCCAGAGGAGCUGCUUUACCGGGCAGUGCAGUCCGUGAACAUGACGCACGAUGCUGCGCACGCUCAGAUGGAUGUGAAGCUUCGCUCCCUCAUCUGCGUUGGACUCAAUGAGCAAGUCCUGCACCUGUGGCUGGAAGUGCUGUGCUCGAGCCUGCAGACAGUGGAGAAAUGGUUCCAUCCCUGGUCCUUCCUGCGCAGCCCUGGCUGGGUGCAGAUCAAGUGUGAGCUCAGGGUCCUCUCCAGGUUUGCAUUCAGUCUCUCUCAGGACUGGGAGCUUCCUAUAAAGAGAGAGGAGAAGGAGAAGAAGCCACUGAAGGAAGGAGUGCAGGACAUGCUGGUGAAGCACCAUCUCUUCAGCUGGGACAUAGAUGGCUGACCUCACCCACUCCCACUGUGGAACUUCUAGACUGCCACAUUCAGCACACACUCUCCUUCCUUCCUUCCUUCCUUCCCCCCAUCCCAGCUGCUCUCAGUCCAGCUGAAGUGACAGCCAUACCCACUUGUUUGUCACAGGGUGGCCAGGCACGGCACUGGAGGUAAUUGAGGGGUGUGUGUGGUCUCCCAGGCAGAAAUCCUUCCCCCUGUCUGCAGUACACCCUGCACCAGCUGCCCAGCUCUCAGCCCCAUGUGUUUCCUUGCCCCCAGCUGUAAGCACUGCUCUCGGGUGGAGGAGCUGUGUUGAAUUCCACUGGCCAGAUCUCUAGCUUCCCGUGUGGCCCACCCUGCUCCUCCUCGGGGAGAGGGCUCUUGUCUGCCUCAUGCCCCCUCUCACCAAGUAGUGAGUGGAUCUUCAUGUCUGUACAACAUUUCCAAGUGCCACCAUAGCCCAGAAUGUGAAGGCAGCGGCAGCUUCCUUUGGCUGCACUUGAUAACUGCAGGGUCCAUGGGGGUAGGGUAGCUCCGAAUGAGACCCAGUGUUUCUCCUCAGCUUAUGGUAGGAAAAAGCUUAGAGGCUGAGCAAUGGCAGCAGAACCUCUUGCUGACCUGCGCUCGCCCUGUCUCUUGUGCUGUGGGAGCCUCCCUCUGCGGAGGGGAGGCUGGUUCUGAAAUUGUUCGGCAGGGCUGGGGACACACCAUUUUUGUCUUGUUGCCCUAGCACUGGAAGAGACAGAGGGUGGAUGUGCCUAAGGGACCAACCAGUUAACAACUACAACUGCCUUAGGGGGUGGGGUUUUUCUCAGAAGUGUUGAGUUGAGCCCCAAUUCUCCCCUAGCCUGUGGGAGGAUCAUGCUGUCAGUUUAGCCUUGAGCUGUGUUAAAUUAACCAAAAAGAUGUAAAUUAUCUCUAGACAUAUCUGUAUAUUUUUGGCAUCAUCUUAGCUCAGGAAGUGGGUUCGGGCCUGAGCUGGCUCAGGGAGAUUAACUCAGCCUCUGCCCUGGGGGAAGAGGCUGAGGACUGUAAGUCAGGAAUGGAGGAUCACUACUGCAGUAGGGUAGCUCUGUUCAGUGGAGUCUGUGACUAUCAAUGAAAGCACUUGUCUGUGAGCACAAACUACUGAUGAAAUGACACUAGAUUCUUACUUUCCUUUAGUCUUUGGGAUUGUAAAUAAAGUGCAUCUUGGGA